CCCCUCAUAAUCAGAAACGAUCCAAAGGCUUUUCCUCAUUUUUAGUUCAACGUUUCACCAAUUCUUCCUCGUUAUCUCUUUGUCUCUCUCUCUCUCUCUGGCAUAAACCAAGACCAACAUCCCUGGCUCUUUUCAGACAAAACAACAGUGUGCUUUAGACUGAAGGCAAAACUGGGUUGGUGUUGUGUUCUUUUGGGGGGGUUGGAUUGAAGUAUUUAUGUGGAGAGAGAGUAACAGUAAACCUGGGAAAGUCAGGGGAAUAUUUGUUCGAAGGGAUAUUGGAUUGUAUCCAUGAAAUUACAGCGGCGUUGGCUAUGUCCAGGAUGAGCGAUUCUGCUUAUAGAGUUGAAACCACCGCUCGUCUUGCUCAAUGGCGGAUCGACAACCUUGCUUCUUGUACUUACCGCAAAUCCGAUCCUUUCAAGAUCGGUAAAUGGAACUGGCAUUUAUCAGUGGAGAAAAACAGGGUAUUAUCUGUUAAAUUAUACCCAGAGAUUUCAAGAGAGAAUCCUCCAAUUGCUUCCUUCAUUAUUCGAGUUGUUAGCUCAGUGGGUGAUCGAAAGGCUUUGACUCAUCCAGAAAUAAUAGACAAACAGCUGAAGAACAACGACGAUUUUGUGUGGCCUAUUGAGGUUCCUUUGACAGGGAAAUUCAUUAUUGACGUUGAAUUUCUUGAUCUAAAGACUGCAUCUCCAAACGGUGGGGAACCUUCCUCUAUUUGGGCUGAAGGUUUCACAACAAAACAAUCAAACGAAACAGCAUUAGCAUGCCUUGGUAGAAUGUUAACCGAAGAGAUCAACACCGACAUCAUCAUCAACGUUUCCGACGGAAGUAUCGGAGCUCACCGAGCCGUCUUAGCUUCGAGAUCACCCGUGUUCCACAGCAUGUUCUCACAUAACCUUCAAGAGAAAGAACUUUCAACCAUAAACAUAUCCGACAUGUCGAUCGAAGUUUGCCAAGCUUUCUUACGAUAUAUUUACGGGAACAUCAAACACGAAGAAUUCCUAACUCACCGGUUAGCACUUCUUCGAGCGGCCGAUAAAUACGAUAUCUUGGACUUGAAAGAAGCAUGCCACGAGAGCUUAACCGAAGAUAUCGAUGCGAAAAACGUGCUCGAGAGGCUCCAAAAUGCAUAUUUAUACCAAUUGCAAAAGCUGAAAAUGAACUGCAUGCGGUAUUUGGUGAAGUUUGGUAAAAUAUAUGAUAUUCGAGAUGAUUUUCAUGCAUUCUUGCAAUGUGCUGAUAGGGAGCUUAUAGCUGAUAUAUUUCAUGAAGUAUUAAAUACAUGGAAAGGGUUUUAAGAUCCAAAUCCGGAUUAGGGUUGAUAAUUGAUGCACCGAUAUUGUAUAAUUUUAUGUGUUAUUAGUAAACCAGAUGACGACACCUAUUGAAAUCUUUUGAAAUCUUUAUAAUUUAAGAGAAAAAAAAAAGCAUUAUUGAUGUUUUCUCGA